AUGACUUUACAGCCACAGCUUCUCGCUGUGUGCUUUUCUCUGGCCUCAGUUUUAGGGACAGUGGAAUCAGCCGUAACAGCAGAAACUCAGAAAUUCACUUGCAGGACAUUUGGCAGUGGGGUGGUACAGCCUUUCUCCGGUUCAGAUUUCUAUGUGCGGUCCAACUGUCCCUUCACCCUCACCCGUUUCACCCACAACCGGGUGGAAUGUGAUAUCACGAUACAGCGAGAUGACAGCGGGCUUGUGGUCCAGGUUGAGAUCAUCAUCAACAAAAUCAGGACUGUUGUGCGGAAUGCAAACAUUUGGGUGGAGAAGAAUAGGGUUUCUCUACCGUAUGAUCACACCUAUCAGCACAUCUUUCAGUAUGGCAUCUACACCAAACUGAAGAGCUCACUGCUUCCUCUGUCUGUCACCUGGCACAAUGUACUUGGAGGAAUAGACACUGUGUGGGUGGAGCUAGAUCAAGAGCUGAGCAUCGACAUGACUGGAUUGUGUGGAAAAUCCAAUGUACAGGGCGACAAACAGCAGUCUAUCUCAGAGAGCGUCAUUGCUGAUGACACAUGUCAAAUCAGAGAUCCUGCCUCUGCUGUUAAUAGUGAUUGCAGAUAUUUCUUUUCCUUCACAUUGGAUUGUCUUCAAGAAGAGACGCUUCAUUAUAUUCAGCUCUGUGAAGAAAAUAUUUAUGGCUUUAAAGAAAGCAAAUACAUCAGCUGUGCUUUCUUCAAAGAAAUAAUCACCCAGUGUGGAAACAGCAGCUUUGCCUGGGACAGUUGGAGAACUGUUACUAAAUGUGAAAAACCAAAUUGUCCAGGAGACCUUGAUUAUGUAGAAAAGGGUGCAGCCUUUGUUCCAACCUGCACCAACCCAAAUCCAACAACCUCCUACCAGGAUCUCACCAGCUCAUGUGUCUGCCCAAAGAGUAAGGUGCUCAAUGAUCACACAGAAGGCUUCCAGUGUAUAAGUGUGUCCAGUUGUCCCUGUGAGUUUGCUGGCAAAAGCUACACAUCUGGAGAGCUACGCAGCACUAAGUGCCAGUCGUGUCUUUGUUCCAAUGGGAAAUGGCAGUGCUCAGAAAAUAUGUGCCCUUCCAGAUGUUUAAUUGAAGGGCAUUUUGUGACGACAUUUGAUGGCAAACACUAUGUCCUGCCUGGUAAAUGUACAUAUGUGGCCUCACAGGGUCAAAACUGGACAAUUGUAAUAGAGUUUUCAGCAAAAGCACCCUCUAUGAAAAUGGCUAUACUGCAGAUAUUUCAGGAAACGUAUACAUUUUCACACAAUAUGGUAACAUUUGGAGAAGAGGAAGUCACUGAGCUUCAUCAGACUGAUCAUGCUCUGGUUUUCUGGCAGUCGUCCAUGUAUGUCCAGGUGCACACAACUUUAGGAAUUAACAUUCAAGUCCAGAUGUUUCCUGAAAUCCAGCUGUACGUCACGUCAACUGGAAACCACAAGGACAUGUCAGGUCUCUGUGGCAAUAACAACAAUGACACAACAGAUGACUUCACCACCAGCAGUGGAAUUGUAGAGAACUCACCUCAACCCUUUGCUCUUUCUUGGAGUGUUGGUGCUUGUCCAGUUAACAUACCCUCCUCCUGCAUCAAAACAGAAUAUGAGAUAUUUGCUGAUGAGAAGUGUUCCAUGUUGAACGUACCAAGUGGGAUAUUUUCUACGUGUCAUGCUCAUAUCCCAACUGAUUAUUUCUAUGAGGCCUGCAUCCAAAGAACCUGUAACUGUGCUAGUCGUCUGCAGCAGUGCUUGUGUGUCGCUCUUGGCAGUUAUGUCAAAGCCUGUUCCAGCCUGGGUGUUGAAGUUGGCGACUGGAGGAAAGCAACCAACUGCACUGUUGAAUGUCAAAACAACCAAGAAUUCUCCUACAACAUCCCUGCCUGCAACCGUACAUGUGGUUCCCUGUCUGGCCCUGACCCUCGCUGUGAGCUGGAUGAUACACCUGUGGAGGGCUGUGGCUGCCCAGAGGGAACUCAUCUGAACCAAGGACACAUCUGUACCCCAAAGGCAGGAUGCCAUUGUCACUUCCACGGUGGUUCAACCCCACCUGGGCCUGUUGUUAUCGACGGACGACAGUGCUCUUGUGACAAUGGAAAGCUGAAAUGCUCUGAGGACUGUGGGUGCCGAAAUGGGAAAGUUUGUGUUCACUGCUCAGAGGACAACAUAAAGACAGCACAAAAAACCUGUGACAGUCUCAGCAAGCCGAUGGUGGCCCAUAUGACCUGUGAAAAUGGCUGUUACUGCCCUUAUGACCAGUAUGAGGAUCACCGUGGAAACUGUGUUUCUCUGGAUGAAUGUACUUGUGUGUACAGCGGCAAAGUAUUCGGUGAAGGACAAAGUGUCAAAUCCAACUGCAAAACAUGCACCUGUGGUCAGGGUCAGUGGCACUGCAAGGAUGAGCCUUGUUCGGGGAGGUGUCAGGUUUAUGGAAAUGGCCACUACCAGACCUUUGACUCCAAAUGGUACCGCUUUGAUGGAAAUUGCCAGUACACACUUGUAGAGGAUGACUGCGGCAAGAGAAACAGUACCUUCUCUGUGAGAGUGGAGAGUGUGCCUUGUUGUGAUGAGGCGCUCACCUGCUCUCGCUCCAUCAUCAUUGACCUGCAGGGCAAAGUCACCUUGACGCUGAGCGACAUAAGGGUGACCCGACAAUACCAUGGUAAUGGAACUCAGGAAGGCUUUCUAUACUCCAUACACACGGUGGGACUUUACAUCAUAAUCUCAGUUCCCAGCAAAGGGAUAACUCUCAUUUGGGACAAACACACCCGAAUCACUGUAGAGCUGAGUGCAUACUGGAAGAACAAGGUAUGUGGCCUCUGUGGGAAUUUUGACUCCAAUGAGAUGAAUGACCUACAGAUAAUUGGCUCAGAAGUCAUGUCCAGUCCUUUGGCGUUUGGCAACAGCUGGAAGGCUGCGGCUCCUCCUUGCUCCGAUGUGACAACUGAAAUAUUUCCAUGUGAACGCAACUCUUACUGCGCUGCUUGGGCUGAGCGGCGUUGUAUGAUUAUUACUGGAAAUAUUUUCAAAGACUGCCAUUACAAAGUGGAUCCGUUGCCCUACUUCCAUGCAUGUGUGCAGGAGUCCUGCUCUUGUGAGUUUGAAGGGAAGUUUCUGGGAUUCUGCACUGCUGUGGCAGCCUAUGCAGAGGCCUGCAGUGACCAAGAUGUGUGUGUAAACUGGAGAACACCUGAUUUGUGUCCUGUCUACUGUGACUACUACAACGAGAAGGGUCAAUGUAGCUGGCACUAUGAAGCCUGUGGUCAGAUGCUCACCUGUGGAAGAAACAGCUUACCUCACAAGCUGGAAGGUUGUUACCCGAGAUGUUCAAAGGAUGCACCAUACUAUGAUGAAAAUGUUGGUGAAUGCACCAAAUUGAAUAACUGCACCUGUUAUUUCAAUGACACCGUCAUACAGCCUGGUGCUGUGGUGGUGAUAGUGACUAUAUCGUGCCUAUGUGUAGAUGGCGCAAUUCACUGUCUGCCCCCGCCAACUACGACUACCACAACUCCCACAACAGCCCCCACCACUGCUGAUACAACUACUGCUGAAACAACUGUACCUUCUACAACACCAACAACAUCAACUACUGCUGAAACAACUGUACCUUCUACAACACCAACAACAUCAACUACUGCUGAAACAACUGUACCUUCUACAACACCAACAACAUCAACUACUGCUGAAACAACUGUACCUUCUACAACACCAACAACAUCAACUACUCCUGAAACAACUGUACCUUCUACAACACCAACAACAUCAACUACUGCUGAAACAACUGUACCUUCUACAACACCAACAACAUCAACUACUGCUGAAACAACUGUACCUUCUACAACACCAACGACUCCUGAAACAACUGUACCUUCUACAACACCAACAACAUCAACUACUGCUGAAACAACUGUACCUUCUACAACACCAACAACAUCAACUACUGCUGAAACAACUGUACCUUCUACAACACCAACGACUCCUGAAACAACUGUAUUUUCUACAACACCAACAACAUCAACUACUGCUGAAACAACUAUACCUUCUACAACACCAACGACUCCUGAAACAACUGUACCUUCUACAACACCAACAACAUCAACUACUGUUGAAACAACUGUACCUUCUACAACACCAACGACUCCUGAAACAACUGUACCUUCUACAACACCAACAACAUCAACUACUGCUGAAACAACUAUACCUUCUACAACACCAACGACUCCUGAAACAACUGUACCUUCUACAACACCAACGACUCCUGAAACAACUGUACCUUCUACAACACCAACAACACCAACUAAUGCUGAAACAACUGUACCUUUUACAACACCAACAACAUCAACUACUCCUGAAACAACUGUACCUUCUACAACACCAACAACAUCAACUACUGCUGAAACAACUGUACCUUCUACAACACCAACAACAUCAACUACUGCUGAAACAACUGUACCUUCUACAACACCAACGACUCCUGAAACAACUGUACCUUCUACAACACCAACAACAUCAACUACUGUUGAAACAACUGUACCUUCUACAACACCAACAACAUCAACUACUCCUGAAACAACUGUACCUUCUACAACACCAACAACAUCAACUACUGCUGAAACAACUGUACCUUCACCAACACCAACGACUCCUGAAACAACUGUACCUUCUACAACACCAACAACAUCAACUACUGCUGAAACAACUAUACCUUCUACAACACCAACGACUCCUGAAACAACUGUACCUUCUACAACACCAACGACUCCUGAAACAACUGUACCUUCUACAACACCAACGACUCCUGAAACAACUGUACCUUCUACAACACCAACGACUCCUGAAACAACUGUACCUUCUACAACACCAACGACUCCUGAAACAACUGUACCUUCUACAACACCAACUACUGCUGAAACAACUGUACCUUCUACUCCACCAACAACACCAACGACUCCUGAAACAACUGUACCUUCUACAACACCAACUACUGCUGAAACAACUGGGCUUUCUACAACAACACCAUUGAUUAGUACUAAAACCUUCACUCCUUCAACAUAUUCAACCCUGCCACCCACUACUUCAGCCCCGUGUGAGUGUAAAGACCUGAAGAGGAAAAGAAGCUGGUCUUGCAACGAGAUGUGGACAGAGGACUGUUUUAAUAAGAUCUGUUUAAAUGGGAAGCUAGAGUUGACUCCAGUGGUUUGCCCAGACCUGACAAUUCCUGAAUGCCCCAGACAACAGCUCAAAAAAGUCUCGGAUGGAUGCUGUGAAACAUGGAAGUGUGACUGUCGUUGUGAUUUAUAUGGAGACCCCCACUACAUCACUUUUCAAGGAGUACCUUUUGAUUUCCUGGAUGACUGCUCCUACAUUUUGGUAGAGGAGCGCUCACCACGUCAUCAUCUUACGAUUGCUGUGGACAACUUCUUCUGUAUUCCGGGACUCGACGGCUCUUGUGUGAAAGGAAUCAUCCUGAAAUAUCAGAACAGUACAGCUACACUUAAGCUCAAUCCACCUUUGUCAUCAGUACAGGCUACUCUGAACAACAUGACCAUAGAGCCGCCAUACGAGGAGCACGGUUGGAGGUUUGAAUUCACGGGAUACGCAGUGUCCAUCUACCUCCCAGAGAUUCGCUCUUAUGUCUCUCUCAGUCCAUUUUCUAACCUGGUGAUAAAUCUGGCCAUGGAGCACUUCCUCAACAACACCCAGGGACAAUGUGGUGUUUGUGGAGGUGGAUCCUGUAUUCGAAAAGGAGGGCUGAUUGAAGAUGAUAGCUGUUGUGAAAAGACAUCUUAUGACUGGCUGUAUGAUGAUCCACAGAAGCCAGCCUGUUUUUCUGCACCAAGGGACGUGCCUUGUCCUCCAAAUACACACACUACCACAUCCUUUAUCACUACUCACACCACCUCGUGCCCUGCAAAUCUACUAUGUGAGCUGCUAGAUCACCCAGUCUUUUCGAAUUGCAGCCAGUUUGUGAAUCUGAUUGUUAAAAAGAAGAAUUGUGAGUUUGAUUCGUGCAGAAUUGGCGCUUGCUCUUCACUACAGCAAGCUGCUGAGGAAUGCAAGGGGGCUGGUUUCUGUAUCGACUGGAGAAGACUGACUAAUGGAAUCUGUGAUUUGACAUGUCAAGAAGGACUGGUUUUCAGAGAGUGUCAAAACAAGCUGGAUGACUUCUGCUAUAGAGGAGAGCAAUAUAAUGGAACGUCCCUUGAGAACAACAGUGCAGGCUGUUUUUGUCCCAGUGGCUUGAUAAGGAUGGGAAACCACUCAAACAUUUGUGUGUCUGAGUGCCCCUAUUGUAAAGGACCACUUGGUGAGCCCAAACUGCCUGGUGAGGUUUGGCAGUCCGGCUGUCACCUGUGUACAUGUAACAACCAGACUCGAACAGAGGACUGUUUCCGAAAACCUCUUCAGCAACCUCCUACCUGUGGCCCAGAUGCUGAAUUGUUUAACACCUCUUGCUGUGGUGAACCAACUUGUGUUGAGAAGACUUGCAUAUAUAAUGGAAAAACUUACAAGGUGGGAGACAGAUGGAAUGAGACCACCAAUCCCUGUAUGUCAUUCACUUGUCACAAAUCUGGUAUUCAGACUGAGACUAAAGUCUGUCCCAUUAACAACUGUCAGGAGGAGGACCGAAUUUGGGACGACCAACACUGCUGCUUUACAUGUAAUCAGAGCUGUUCUCCAAAGUUGACCAGUAUCAACAUUACCAUAGACAACUGUACCACCAUCAUGCAGAUGUCUGUGUGUCAGGGCCAAUGUGUUUCUCAGCCAAGGGUGGUGUUACAUGGUGACCUGCAGGUGGAGCAGGAGUACAAAUGCUGUCAGGAGCGGAGUUCAGAGAGGAGAUCAGUGACACUGCAGUGCCUUGACCUCAGUGCCAGAAGUUACACCUACAAACAUAUCACCAGCUGUGAGUGCAGAGCCUGUCAUAUACUGAACUGAAAAGUACAACAAAUGCAACAGCUAAACUAUUUGACAUCUUUUUGAAUUACAAAUCAAAAUCUAAUGUGUUCAAAUGCAAUAAGUAUUAAAUCAAACAUUUGAUAUAAUGAUUAUCUUUGAGUUUUUCUCUAAAACAUGA